CAGGAGCAGUUAAUUAUCCGAAUGGGACAUCCAAACAGAGCCUUAAGUUUCCGCUUCGUUGUUGUGUGAGUUUUUGUUUUUGAUCGAAAGAAACAGAAGGAGAAGGAGGAGCAUAGCAAAUCAACCAUGGGAGACGGUAACCGCUCCAACAGCAAUAAGCCAGAGUGGCUUCUGCAGUACGAUCUGAUUGGGAAGAUCGGAGAAGGAACGUACGGUCUCGUUUUCCUCGCUCGAAUCAAGUCUCCUACAAAUCGCGGAAAAUCUAUCGCCAUAAAAAAAUUCAAGCAAUCUAAAGACGGCGAUGGUGUCUCUCCCACCGCCAUACGUGAAAUCAUGUUGCUGAGGGAGAUAACACACGAAAAUGUUGUGAAGCUUGUGAAUGUUCACAUCAAUCAUACGGACAUGUCACUGUAUCUAGCUUUUGAUUAUGCUGAACAUGACCUUUAUGAAAUAAUAAGGCAUCAUAGAGACAAGGUCAACCAAUCAAUCAACCAGUACACUGUUAAAUCGUUACUGUGGCAGUUGCUCAAUGGACUGAACUAUCUGCACAGUAAUUGGAUAAUACAUCGAGAUUUGAAGCCAUCAAAUAUAUUGGUUAUGGGCGAUGGGGAGGAACAUGGAGUUGUUAAAAUUGCUGACUUUGGGCUUGCAAGGAUAUAUCAAGCCCCUUUGAAGCCAUUAUCUGAAAAUGGGGUUGUUGUAACCAUUUGGUAUCGUGCACCUGAGUUGCUUCUUGGAGCAAAACAUUAUACCAGUGCUGUUGAUAUGUGGGCUGUGGGAUGCAUAUUUGCUGAAUUGUUGACCUUGAAGCCACUAUUUCAAGGUGCAGAAGUCAAAGCUACACCAAAUCCUUUUCAGCUUGAUCAACUUGACAAGAUAUUCAAAGUUUUAGGCCAUCCCACAUUAGAAAAGUGGCCUUCCUUAGCAAAUCUCCCCCAUUGGCAACAAGAUUCGCAACAUAUACAAGGACACAAAUAUGACAAUGCUAAUCUCUAUAGUGUUGUACACCUAUCUCCAAAAAGUCCUGCAUACGACCUUUUGUCGAAGAUGCUCGAAUAUGAUCCUCGAAGGCGUAUAACAGCAGCACAAGCUUUGGAGCAUGAGUAUUUCAAAAUGGAACCGCAACCUGGGCGGAAUGCACUUGUGCCAUGCACCCCUGGAGAGGCAUUUGUGAAUUAUCCCACACGUCCGGUGGACACAACUACAGAUUUUGAAGGGACAACCAACAUGCAGCAAUCACAGCAGGUUCCGUCUGGAGCUGCUAUUGCUGGCAACAUGCCUGGUGGUCAUGUAUCAAAUAGAUCUGUCCCUCGACCAAUGAAUGUUGGCAUGCAAAGAAUGCAUCAGCUGCAAGCUUAUAAUCUCACAUCCCAGGCAGGGAUGGGAGGUGGAAUUAAUCCUGGUGGCAUCCCAAUGCAACGAGGUGUUCCACAACAGGCCCAUCAACAGCAACAGUUGAGGAGAAAAGACCAAAUGGGGAUGCCAGGAUACCCUCCACAGCAGAAAUCAAGACGUAUGUAAGGUAGUAGUUAAAGAGAUCAAGUGAAGAUAGAUUUGGGGUCAACAGUGGGAAACUUUAGCUCAUUCAGGACAAUUCAUAACCUCAUAUUCGGUUGAUUUGCUUUCAUCCUUGUGGACCUCACUUUUUGUAAUUGCUAUCACUGAUGCAUUGGGCACUGGACACUGCUGGAUGCUACAAUAUGAAAUAUUCUGCUGGAACACCAAUGGAGCCCUUGAAGGGGAAAUGGUCGACUUACUGUUUGACAUAUGUAUAUUAUGCCUAUAGUUGUAAUUUUCUUGUAUUCUCACAGCUGUUAGGCAGGAUGGAAUGUUACACAUCAUAUAGGGGUUGUUGCGAAAUUUGAAUCAAUUGAUAAAAUGUAACUUUAUUGUACUUGCUGUAUAAUAUUGCCUCACCUAAUUGAAGGCAAUUAUAGAUACUUGUCCAAUGUAAAUUAAUUAUCUUUUUUCCAUUUUGAAUUUGUUGUGAUCCUUAGAAUCA